ACUGUCUCCAGUGUAAGUUCGUCGUUUACACUUGAUUAUAAUAUAGCCAGCACAAUGAACACGGUCUGCCUGUUCAUAAUCCUGCUUGGGAGUGUUUCUACAAUUGAAAACCAAUCUGGCCCUGUGUUCCAGAGGGCUAUAUACGUUUUUUCUGUCGUUGAAGCAGCAGCACUGGGAACCGUCAUUGGUGAGGAUAUCAACGACGAAGGACCCAUAUUCUCCCAGGCAAAUUACACGUUUGCAGUGCAGGAAAACUUGCCAAUAGGAUCAAUUAUUGGACUGGUGAAAGCCACGGACAGGGACUCGGGUACCAAUGGUAUGUUAAGGUACGCCAUACUGAACAGUGGCCCGUCACAUCUGUUUUCUGUGGACUCAAUAACUGGACAGAUAACUUCCAUAGCUGCUCUUGACCGUGAGGUUCAAGAUUCUGUGACCCUCACCGUCUCUGCAGCUGAUUUAGGACCUGUUUCUAGAUCUGCAUCUGCAGUAGUAAACAUCAAUAUAGUGGAUGUCAACGACAACGCACCCAUAUUCUCUGCUGCCAACUACAUGUUCGUACUGUCGGAUCGUGCUCCGAUUGGAACAAGGAUAGGACAAGUCUUUGCGACAGAUUUUGACAUGGGGGCUAAUGGAAUGAUCACAUAUUCUUUGAAAGACGACGGGGCAUCUCUGCAGUUCGCCAUUGACGACCACACAGGGCAGAUAACUGUCGUCUCUGCUUUGACUUCAAGGGACGUAAACUUUACAGUUUGUGCAACUGACAACGGACUUCCUGCAUUUUCCAGUGACGCACAAGUCCUUGUCCAAAUCUCGGCUGACAUCGUCGUGGGCUGAGAGAGAUCUCUACAGGAACUCAGCUCUGAAGCCUGUGUCGUUCACAAGACUUCACCCUAUGUUUCGAUUUUUUUUUUUUUAUGUCUGUACAUUUUGGAAAUAAAAACAACUCCCCUAUUCGCA